GUUCUGGCCCGGUUUCACAGAGACGCGACGCAGCCGACUCAACAGAACCUGGUGGCCGUCUCUCGUCUCGGGCAGUUUUAAUUGCAGUGUUGGGUCGAAACACGACUAUUCCCAUGUGUUGUGGCUUUCGUUUUAUCCAGCCCGGAUCUGACAGCAGCGAGUAUGUGUGUUCCCUGGGGAUCAAAGCCAAGACCUGAAUUCUCUACCAGUUAAGUACUAUUUGUGCGUGUGAACUUCAUUUCCCAGAAGUCAACAGUACGGAUGUCUUCGAGUGCGCUUCCGGUUCAUCUCAAGGGCAAAACUAUCACAUGUGCCGAAGCGACACAGAAUUUAAUAUCUCCGGGCCAGUUUUAUUAUAUCAAUAGUUUAUAAAAUGGACAGUUUUGGUUCAGAUUUUUCUUCAGGCUCGUCUGGUAAAAUGGACACCGGCACUAUAAUGGAACAAGUCAAAGUUCAGAUCGCGGUUGCUAAUGCACAAGAGCUGCUGCAGAGAAUGACUGACAAAUGCUUCAAGAAGUGCAUUGGCAAGCCGGGGAGCACGCUGGACAAUUCCGAACAGAAAUGCAUCGCCAUGUGCAUGGAUCGUUAUAUGGAUGCGUGGAACACGGUCUCCCGCGCUUAUAAUUCCAGAUUACAGAGAGAAAGAGCACGCAUUUGAUGUGAAGAUGGUGGCCUGUUCUCCUCUGUGUCGCUCAGGUAGUGAUGCUGGACCUCCCCGACAGGUGCAUUGGCUCUCUUACCUCAAAACAACAACUGAAGGCUACAGACGGAACCAGGUGCUUGGAUUAAAACUUUACACGGACUAAUUAAACUUUAUUUCGAGGUGUCGAAAACAAUGCAUAUGAUAUAUAUUUGUCAUGAAAUUCUUCACUAGUUCGCAUUAUGAUGGUUAUAAUGGGUUGAUUAUUUCUUGCGCUUUAAAUUACGUCUAGAAUAAGACGAAAGACUAGAAUUUUAGCUCUGCCCAUUCUGUAUUCUGUCAGCAGGUGUCUCUAUGUUUAAUAUCAAUGGAAGGUUUCCUCCCCCUGUGUUGGUAUCCAUUCAGCAAAGAACCAUUCAAAACGCAGUGUACCAUCUGACCGGAUCUGUCGCCCUCAGAGGGGACAGCUCACCUCUGUUCCACAAACCUAGUUCUUUUCACAAAGGGAAGUCUUUGUUGCAAUAAUUGUAGCUUCUUCACCAGGAGCUGCCAGAAAGUGCUUCUUAUCUCUGACAAACAAAACGCAUUUGUCAAAGCUGGAGUGUCGCUCGUCUCAUUGUCUGUUAGCCACAGUAGCAGGUUUGUUCAGACACCCUCUGCUCAUUUACGAACCCCUGUUUAAAAGUAGAUCACUUUGUAUACAAGCAUUUCUUAGACCUGCCUUUGGUUUGGAUGCGGAGGCAAACUUUACCGGAGAUGUCCUGACAGAUUUUGUGUAAUUGUCACUCAGCUGUUUUUAUGGAAUGCCAAUAAAUACCGUCAAACCAGUCCAUUUUUAUUGAUGAUGUUUGUGUCGCAUUGACAAAAUAAACAGAGA